CAGCAUGCCCAGGCCCGGCAGUUCGGCCCACCCAGGCCCGGCAGUUCGGCCCACCAAACCGCGUCAAAGGCUGCGAAGCCCACCUCCCUCUCUGUCUCUCUCUCGCCUCUUCCUCUUCUUCCUCAACCCCACCACUCUUCAUUCACUAGACGACACGACUCCCCGCUCACCCGUCCUAAAACCCUAGCUCUCCCCCUUCCCCACCGCACCCCCGCGAUGGCCACCGCCGACGGCGAGCCCCAGCCCGUCGUGGCCGAACCCGCCCUGGCCCCGGCUCCGGAUCCGGCUCCCUCCCCGUCCCCGGCCAAGCGCAAGCCCGAGGAGGACGCGGAGGCCGACGCCGACCUGGCGCCCCCCAAGGCGGCGCGACCCGAUGCCGACGAGGAGGCCGCCGCCGAGGCCGAGGCGGCCAGGGCCAGGGCCCGGGCGGCCGACAAGGGGAAGGGGAAGAUGGUGGUAGAGGAGGAGGAGGAGGAGGUGGACGACGGCGGCAGCGAUGACAGCAGCGACAGCGACGACGAGGGGGAGGGCGGCGGCGGCGGCAGCGACGACGACGACGAGCUCGUCGAGGACCCGCUGGCCGAGGUCGACCUCAGCAACAUCCUCCCCUCGCGGACCCGCCGCCGCGCGCCGCCGCAGCCCGGGGCGUACCUCGUCGCGCCGGAGGAUGCCGCCGCGGAGGAUGACGACGAGGACGAUGACGCCGACGUCGUUCCCGAGGAGGUGGGGGCGGAUGGGGAGGAGAGCGAUUAGGGCUGCGGCGCCACGGGCUCACUAGAAAGGAACGGUGGUUUCUGGUGCUGGAGUUAGAUAUCAUCCUAUGUGCUGGGACCUAACAGAUUUUCUGUUGGGCUUGGUCGCUGAUAACUCGAUCGUCAUUCUGCAAUCUUUAUUAGAGUUUAGAGUUCUGUCUGUCACCAUGAUUUACUGCAUCAUUAGAGUUCGAGUGCUGAAGGGACACUUUGGUAGUUCUAAUUAUGUAAGGCUUAAGAUUUGGCAAACGGUUAUGCUGUGAUCAUGGUUGAACAGUUAACGUCGCACAUCUUUUUGUACACAGUAAUUCCAGACUUUCAGUUCCCAACGGUUGUUUACCUUCUGCUUUCGCA